UCAGUCUCAGGCUGUGUGGUAGAACGCAAUACGCACUAUCGGGAACCCGUGGAUUCUCACAGCCGUUGGAGUGAGUAGCCGACUAUUGGAGGCGAGGAUUUACCCAUCUGAGAAACACAAACUGAACAUGAACUUGGGAUCUGAGACCAAACAGUUUAUUCAACCUGGUGACUCUGUAUGUUUUGCAAGCUGAGGGGAUAACGUUUUUUUUCACUGAAGGAGUGUUCUCUCACACCUUGAUGCGCUGAGGGCGGCGCAGUGGAUAUUCUUUGACCGCUUCAUUUUGCUGAGGUGAUACGGUGUUUGCCUCCUCGUCACGCGUGUGGACAUCUAACUGCACAAUACUUUUCAUUUCAACCAGACAAGAAAGUUGGGUAUUAUUCGCUCCGAGGCGCUGUCAACGGACCGACUGAACGCGAGUGUUUGAGAGCAGCGAGACUGGCGGCGGAGUUCGACUCUUCCAAAGAUGGGGAAAAGUGUGAAGACUGCGAAAAGUAACAUUGGAGACACGGGAUUCGUAUCGCAAAUGACCUUCGUAUCUGUCGUUUUGCUCUCGGUCUUGGUGAACACAGGAGUCGCCCAAGUGGACGACGACUAUAUGGGGCUGGGCGAGCUGCCCGAGACCUUCCCCUCGGACCCGCCCGAGCCCCUGCCCCACUUCCUGGUGGAGCCGGAGGAGGCCUACAUCGUCAAGAACAAGCCCGUCAACCUGUACUGCAAGGCCACACCCGCCACCCAGAUCUACUUCAAGUGCAACAGCGAAUGGGUGCACCAGAAGGAGCAUACUGUGGAGGAGAGGGUGGACGAGACCUCAGGUCUGGUGGUGCGCGAGGCCAGCAUCGAGAUCACCCGGCAGCAGGUGGAGGAGCUGUUCGGCCUGGAGGACUUCUGGUGCCAGUGCGUGGCCUGGAGCUCGGCCGGCACCACCAAGAGCCGCAAGGCACACGUGCGCAUCGCCUAUCUCAGGAAGACGUUCGAGCAGGAGCCUUUGGGGAAGGAGGUGUCUCUGGAACAGGAAGUGCUACUGCAGUGUCGCCCACCGGAAGGGAUACCCGCCGCAGAGGUGGAGUGGCUGAAGAACGAGGACGUGAUCGACCCGGCCAACGACCGCAACUUCUACAUCACCAUCGACCACAACCUGAUCAUCAAGCAGGCCCGGCUCUCCGACACGGCCAACUACACCUGCGUGGCCAAGAACAUCGUGGCCAAGAGACGGAGCACCACAGCCACCGUCAUCGUCUACGUGAAUGGCGGCUGGUCGACGUGGACAGAGUGGUCGGUGUGCAACACCCGCUGUGGGAGGGGCUUCCAGAAGCGGACGCGCAGCUGCACCAAUCCGGCGCCCCUGAACGGCGGCUCCAUCUGCGACGGACAGGCCAUCCAGAAGCUGGCCUGCAACCCGCUGUGUCCCGUGGAUGGCCUCUGGACAGAGUGGAGCAAGUGGUCCACGUGUGGCACGGAGUGUACCCACUGGCGGAGGCGCGAGUGCGGGGCGCCGGCGCCCAAGAACGGGGGCAAGGACUGCGAGGGCUCCGUGCUGCAAUCCAAGAACUGCACGGAUGGCCUCUGCAUGCAGAGUUCUUUCUAUCAGAAGUCGUCAGAGCCUAAAGAAAGGACUGAUGUUGGAUAUCCAUCGGCCCCCAGCACGGACAACGUGACCCUGUACGUGGGCAUCGUGAUUGCGGUGAUCAUGUGCCUGGUGAUCCUGGUCAUCGUGGCCCUGGCCGUGUACCGAAAGAACCACCGGGACUUCCACUCCGACAUCCUGGACUCGUCGGCUCUCAACGGAGGCUUCCAGCCAGUCAGCAUCAAAACGGCACGGACAGCGGAUCUACUGACGGCUCCCCCUGACCUGACGUCUGCGGCGGCCAUGUACCGCGGCCCGGUCUACGCCCUCCAGGACGUGGCCGACAAGAUCCCCAUGACCAACUCCCCCCUCCUCGACCCCCUGCCCAACCUCAAGAUCAAGGUCUACAACUCGUCGGGCAUGGUGACUCCCCAGGAGGAGCUGUCGGACUCCUUCUCCUUCUCCAGCAAGCUGUCCCCCAAGCUGCAGCACGCCCUGCUGGACGGGGACACCAUGAGCCGCCGCACCCAGAGCCUGGUGCGCUCCAGAGACCCCUCCUGCACGGCCUUCGGCUCCUUCAACGCCAUGGGCGGACACCUCAUCGUGCCCAACUCAGGUGUGAGUCUGCUGGUGCCGGCUGGUGCUAUCCCUCAGGGUCGCGUCUACGAGAUGUUUGUGACCGUGCACAGGAAGGACAGCAUGAGGCCAGAGGUGGACGACUCCCAGACGGUGCUGAGCCCUGUGGUGAGCUGUGGCCCGCCGGGUGCCCUCCUGACGCGGCCCGUCAUCAUCACCAUGCACCACUGCGCCAAGACCGACCAGGACGACUGGCUCAUCCAGCUGCGCAGCCAGUCGCAACCGGCACAGUGGGAGGAUGUGGUGGUGGUGGGUGAGGAGAACUUCACCACGCCGUGCUACAUCCAGAUGGACGAGGAGGCGUGCCACAUCCUGACGGAGACGCUGGGCACCUACUGCCUGGUGGGCCAGUCCAUCAGCGCGGCCACCACCAAGCGCCUGAAGCUGGCCAUCUUCGGCCCGCUCUCCCUCACCUGCGCCGCCCUGGAGUACAACGUCCGCGUCUACUGCCUGGACGACACUCAGGACUCACUGAAGGAGGUGCUGCAGAUGGAGAAGCAGAUGGGUGGCAAGCUGCUGGACGAACCAAAGACGCUCAACUUCAAGGACAGCACCCACAACCUGCGCCUGUCCCUCCACGACAUACCGCACAACCAGUGGAAGAGCAAACUGCUGGCUAAGUACCAGGAGCUGCCGUUCCAGCAGGUGUGGAGCGGCUCCCAGAGGAACCUGCACUGCACCUUCACCCUGGAGCGCCUGAGCUCCUGCACCGUGGAGUUGUCCUGCAAGCUGUGCGUGCGGCAGGUGGAGGGCGAGGGACAGAUCUUCCAGCUCAACACCACGCUCUCUGAGGACACCCAGUCCAUCGACACCUCUCUUCUGGACCCGGCCAGCAACAUCACCACCCUGGUGGGCCCCAACGCCUUCCGCAUCCCCCUCUCCAUCCGCCAGAAGCUGUGCGGUAGCCUGGACGCCCCGCAGACCCGCGGCAAUGACUGGAGGAUGCUGGCCCACAAGCUCAACCUGGACAGGUACCUGAACUACUUUGCCACCAAGUCGAGUCCGACGGGCGUGAUCCUGGACCUGUGGGAGGCGCAGCACUUCCCCGACGGGAACCUGAACCGGCUGGCCGCCGUGCUGGAGGAGAUGGGCCGCAGCGAGAGCAUGGGCACCAUGGAGCACUGACCCUCGGCCCCCGAGUGGAGUGGAGACGAGCGCUGACCAUGAGCAGAGCAGAGAACCAUUUGGGUUCCAUUGCAGGGAUGUAAACUCGCGCAAGCUGAGGACAUUAAGGAGGAAGAGGAGACUUGUGGCGGGGGAGAGACGGGAGCAUCCAGCCUUUUUUCUUACAUGACAGACACUAAACAUAAUAUGUGUACACACCCUCUGUAAACUCUUUCUUUCUCUCACUCUCUCUCUCUUUCUCUUUCUCUUUUUCACACACAAACACACACACACACACACACACACACACACACACACACACACACACACACACACACACACACACACACACACACACACACACACACGCGCACACACACACACACACACGCACACACACACACGCACACACACACACACACACACACACACACAGACACACACACACACACACAGAGUAACUGCAGAAUCUCAAGUAAGCAGUUAACAAAAACUCCCGUCCUGAAAUUGCUUUGAGAUUAAAAAAAAACCCUCAAAGACGAAAUCUGUGCAGGAUAACAAUCUCAGCGCAGGAAUAAUAGAUUGCUUCGAUCCAUUCAUAUGUUAAACAAAAUAGACUUGAAUAGUGGGGGAGGGGGAAAUGAGAGGGGAGACUUAUGUAAAGACAAGAAACUUAACGAAAAGAAAAGAAAAAGAGAAAAAAAAGCCCUGCCUGUACAAUUUCUGGUACAGUUUUCUAUUUCCCAAUACAGUUUCCUAGGAAACGCAUGUCUCUGCUGUCCAUUUAUUGGACCUCCUACGCCAACUUUACAGGAAGCGUAGGGCAAUGAUUGACAGGCGAGGGUUCUGGGCUGGGGGCGGGUCUUCAACAUAGGGGGGCAGGGCCAGAAUCAGGGUGGGUGGUGGCACAUGGGUAAGCUGGCACGGGCAAAUUGGCAGAGCAAAGUGGGCAAGACUCAUAUAUACCUUAACCAAUCAGUAACGGAGCUCGCGGGUGAGUUCUACGUCACCACUCUCAACUGUUUGCAGAUUGGCUAAACACUGAGAGAACCGAGCUUGAGGCUUUCGCCAGACGAUGUGCGGACACAACAUUUUUGGGUGGAGUACAUGGAUGGCGUCGCCAGGCAACCCCUUUGGUGCCCACUAUUCAAAAACAUGAUGUUGGGAUAAACACCAACAUAGUGGCCCACUCCAGAUUGUAGACCCCAGUGUGGUGAAUCAUUAGCUCUGCCCCUGCACUGGGUGUUUUAAAUGGGAAUCCAAACCCCAUCUUGCACGAGCUCCAUGUGCCACGUACCCGAUGCAGCAUUUAUCAUUUCUUCUCCCUUUAGGUCACGUUUUAUGUUGGAAAAAAUCUGAAGUACUCGAGUCCUGAUUUUUAUGGAUAUAUAUUUAAUAUUGCCUUUAUUUAUAUACACACGUAUCCCUCCAAUUAGUUUGAUUUCCCUGCGACCUCACAUAUUAACCUCAUUUACACAUCCCUUUGUUAUUUUCUUCCUUAGCCAUGUGUGUAGUUAUUUUUUCUCUCUCAACAGCCAUUAUAAUUUGGGCACGUUUUUCAUUGCUUCAUAGUGCCACCUGGUGGAUGUACUCCGCAACAGCAAGGCUCUGCCACUUCAAAAAAAGAAGGAAAAAAAAAGAAAGAAAAAUUGGCAAAAACAGUGGGGAGUGCGUAGCCUGUAAAUAAGCCAGUACUUCAUAAAUUGUACAGUGGUGUUAUAAUUAUUAUUAUUAUAAAUAUUAUUUUCUUGUGUUUUUUUGUUUCAUGGUGAUGAGUAAAUAGCUGCAGAUUUUUGCAAAAGAAUAAACCACCAAAAUCUGUUUUUAUUGCGAGAAUGUGUUUUGUCCUGUCUUGAGUUGCAAAAUGCCAGCGGAUGCAGUCAGUUUCUCCUCAAAUCACCUUUUGAAUGAAGGUGAUGCAUAAAAAAGGCUUGCUGUGAGCUGUGUACUGUGCUGUGAGCUUCACAUGAAACUCAUUCUUCACCACAACAUUUGAACCAUUCUUACCAUUUACAACUUUUUUCACAGUUUCAACACCAUCAAUGUCUGUCUUGUUGAUACAUCAGAUGAUGACGAUGAUGAUGAUCAUAAUCCAACUGUAUUUGAUUGUAUUUCAAUGGUAUUAGUUCAACUUGUGCUAUUGCUGAUGAUUUGAUGGAGCAACCUGGACAUUACAGUUCAAUAAACACCAGUCACAUGAUGGCUAGUUUUAGGUGUGUAUUAGAGAUCUGCAAGAAGUGGUUCUGCAAAAGCUGAGCAAAGUAUAAAAGGAGAGUUUUACGAAGCUGCAGUGUGAGAUUCAUGGAGCUGUUGCUGGCAUUAUGGACCUUUACCUCCUCAGAGAGACAUUUCUCCCUGAAACGAAACGAUGCAGAGCCAGAAAAGAAAGAUCUGGGACCAACAUCAUAAGAGUCAGCAAAGAAGAAGAAGACUGAUAACAAAUACAACACGAGAGGGUAUAAUCUUAAAAAGUUUCAGCCAUUUUCUUUUACCCCCUCGAGGAUGAAAUGUUUCUUGGCUGGACUUGCAAAAAAAUGUUGUGCUUUUGUUUUUUGCUUUUUUGUUCUUUUCUCUUGUACAACUUUCUAAGAGCUGUCUAUGCAAACUUGCCAUCAUUUAUAUUGGAAGAUGUACUACAUGCAUCAAAGUGCUAGCCGUUGCACUCCAUAGCUGUCACUUGGUUCUGAAACGUUAUAUUUAUGGUGGGGAUGUUACCUAUUGUUCAUUUGGCACGCUCGCUCACAAUGUACUUUGCAACAGCUUGCAUUUUUGUUUCUUUCUCUUUCUCUCGAGCUCUUUCUCUCUCUUUGUGAAGUUUUUCUGUACAAAAUGUAAGAAAGAAUUUUUAAACUGGUAAUAAAUUAUAUUUAUA